CAUUUGCAACAUUUUGAGAGAACACGGGCAUAUAGUCGCUGUGCAACAAACGACCAGUGUGUGCUUGCAGUUGGUGUGAAUACAACUCAGGAAAAACUGCACUGCCGCCAUUGCCUAAGAAGGUUCCACACGGGUUGUUUAAAUGCAGAAGUUGUGGGAGAUACUGAUCUGUGGUUCUGUGGCUGCGGAUAUGAGGCAAAGGAUUUGAACCACUUGCAGAAAUUUUCCUCUGUCAGAGAGGUCAAAAAACUGCUCAAUACAUACGACAAAGAUGUACAGCGCUACUUGACUGAAAUGAGUGAUGGGACCAUUUUCUGCAAGCGAAUGGAACUAUUAAGAAAAGGAGGCAUCAAUAAGCUCCGAAAAGAACCAGAUCAGGGCAGGCUUUUAAAUAGCAACACUAUCGAUGUUCUCCUUCAAUACUGUGAAAGAGUGACGAAGGGGAGACUUCUCCUAGACAUUCGAGAACGAAAUCUAGUUUGCUUGCAAAUGGAUGUUUUUUUACCCGAGGUAACAUCACUAUUAGUCCAUCUGGUUGAAGGAAUACCAAUGAUAUCUGCCAGAAGGAUCUGCAUCUCUCCUUCAAUCGGUAGUGUAGUUGAUAACACAACACUGAUAGCUCCGGUUGAAUUUUGGUGCAUUGCUCUCUAA